AUGGAAGACAUUCUGCAUAUUAUUGGUACUUAUGAGAAGGUGGAGGACGAAGAGGAGGAAGUUUAUGAAACAGUUGAAUGUGUUCAAACUGAACAAUUCUUGCCGAAUUUGCGUGUGGUGAACUUGUGGGGGGUUCCUUUCAUAAAUGAUGAUCACGUGGACGCGCUCUCCUCAAACUGUGCUCAUUUGGAGUGCCUUUGUGUGAAUUACUGUACUAAGGUGACUGGAUCGUGCCUAAGGCUUGUACUGCAACGCUGCCGGAAGCUCAAAUCUCUUUUCCUCGCCCAUACAAGUCUGGACAACGCUACGAUCAAAGCAAUCGAAUGGGAAAAGACGAGAAUCGAGGAGUUGGAUGUGAAAGGCACCGAGCUGUCAUCAGAUACUCUGAUAUCACUACUGACUCGUCUUCCACAUCUUCGCUGGCUGGACGCUAGUUGGCUGGAGAACAUGACCGAUCAG